UCUCUGUUGUUUAUUUCCUGUCUUAAAUGGAGAUUUAGGAUUAAUAUACCUGCUGACUAUCUUGGAGAGAACAGCUAAUUCAAAACAUCAAGAUGGCAGAUGUCAUGGUACAGAAGUUUUCCUUACCUUUCUUAUCUUGCUCAUCGUGCCACACCCAAGCUGAUGAGCAGCCAGUCACAGAGCAGAGAUCUCACCAAGGCAGCGAACAACUGGAGCAAGGAACACUAAAAACAGCAAAGGACCCAAAUAAUAACCUAAAUCUAAAAAACUCAAAGCUAGAGUAUGAAGAAACAGUGUCUGCAUCCAAGGUCAGAGAAGCGCAAACUCCCAGCACAGAUCCUGACCUUCAGGACAAAGAUAUGGUCUACUCUGUGGCCAAUGGCAGUCCUCUUUCAGAGACUGCAGCGGACAAACAUGGAACUGUUCAAUCCUAUCUGACUUUUGAUAAACAGGUAAGGGAUUCAUCAUCAGCUGAGAAUGGCCAAUCUAAAGGCAAAGUUUCUUAUAAGUCGGUGUUUGAGAAAUGGGCAAGCCUACAAAGCGAAGAACAGCGGCCCAGUACGAAACGCCAGCUCUCUGCAGAGAGCGCAGCAAAGUGUGUGGCUGUAAGGAAGAGGAGCACAGUGGCAAGCAAUAAAGAAGAGCCAGCAAAGCUGCUUUCACACACCAACCCUGGCUCACAGCCCAUGAAAGCUGGUCUAACCAUACGCUCCUCCUGUCAGAGGCAGCCAAGAAGACAGCUGUUCGGCAGCACUGGGGUCUUCCACGAAGUGGACACACACGUAAUUAGCAAAGGAAGAGAGCUGAAAGAGCAGGGAGUGUUCUCACCUCAAAGAAUUGCUCGGGUAAUAACGCAGAGGGCCAGAAAUGAGUUAGAAAAAAUCCGAGCCAUAUGGGUCUGGCUCUGCCAUAAUAUUGAAUAUGAUUUGGAUGGGUACCUGGGUCUUUCCCCAAAGCUUUGCACACCAGAGGAAGUCAUUAAGGAGGGUCGAGGAGUAUGCAGCGGAUUUUCCAGCAUCUGCCUGGAGAUGUGCAGGGAAGUUGGCAUUCAGUGCGAGGAGGUGAGCGGGUACAGUAAAGGCAUUGGGCACUGGCCUGGGCACAGGCUGGCAGAUAAGCCAUCUGAUCACAUGUGGAAUGCUGUGUGGGUGAAGGGGCAGUGGGGGCUUCUGGACGCCUGUUGGGGGGCUGGCACUGUCAACAUGGACACCAAAACCUUUGUUAAGAGAUUGGACGAUUUUUACUUCCUGACUGAACCGAGAGAUUUUAUAAACUCUCACUUUCCUGAAGAAGAGAACUGGCAGUUACUGGACGCUCCGAUCUCUCUGGAACAGUUUGAACUAAAACCAUUAAAGACCUCAGCCUUCUACAUGCUGGGAUUGACCCUUCUACAACCCACACAGUACAAAAUAACCACAGAUGAUGGGGAGACAACCGUGUCUGUGAGCUCGUGCGGACGGUUGACCUUUGCAUACGAGCUUAGGCAGCGGGACUCGGAGACAGGAGCUGCAGGGCAGAACGAGGUCGACGGCUCAUGCGGUUUGCUGUCAGUGACGCAGCAGGGCAUGAGUCUUCGUCUGCUGCCACCAGAGCCGGGAGCCUAUGAGCUGAAGCUGUUCGCACGACCAGAGGGUGACUCUGGCACUCUGCUCUGGGUCUGUACUCUGGAGCUGGAGUGCCCAGCUGUCCAGAAGAGCCAGUCGCUGCCCGCCAACCCCUUUUUGAGUUGGGGCUUAGGUUCUAAUGCAGGGGUGCAUGGGGUGAAGGGCUGCAGUGUGCCAAGCCAAGACACUCUGGAAGUUAGUGAGAGAGGAGAGUGUGAGGUGGUACUACACACCUCGCGCCCCCUGAUGAUGGUGUGUGAGCUUGUACACCCUGAACUCGACUUUGCGCUGGCUAAGCGCUGCCUGGCACUGCAAAUAGCAGCCGAGCAACUGGUGUGCAAUGUGCUAUGCCCAUACAAAGGCUACUACCGUCUUUCUGUGUUUGUGCGUGAUUACGAUGAUGGAAGUGGCUCCUUUCAGAAUGUAGGGAAUUUCCUGCUGCGAUGCAGGGGCUUAGGAGUAAAUCAGAAUGUGCUCUACCCUCCGGAUCUUAGUCCAUGGUGUGGACCAGGAAUGCGCACUCAAGCAGCCGGUCUGUCGCACUUCAGCCACACAGGGGCAUUGGUGAACUUGCCUCAGGGCCGCUGUAAUAUUACUUUUCACUGUACCUCAUCACAGCUGCAAAUACACGCAGUACUCAGUGCGGAGGCAUAUGAGAAGAACAAAGGCAAAUCAAAUAAGGGUGGAUUUCCACUUGCACGACAUAUUUUGCUCACGCUCACAGACAGCAAGGUGACGGUGAGCAUGUGCGUGCCGCAGCCUGGAGUCUAUCGCCUGGGUUUGUACGGACGCACACCCCCUCAACAGGACUACACACCACUGUGUGACUAUGUACUACGAAGCACUUGUGACAGAUGUGGAGAACCAUUCCCUUGUGUGUAUUCAGCAUGGGAGAAAGGGUGCGUGCUGUUGGAGCCACGUGAGGGUGUGCUGGCCCCACAGAGCUGGGUGUGUUUCCGCGUGAGGGUGGCAGCAGCACAGAGAGUAAGCGUGCUAGCAGAGCAGCGUGUAGAUUUAAAAAUGAAUAAGAGCAGGGUGUGGGAGGGCAAGGCCUUUACAGGGAACCUCACUCAAAUUAAACUGACUGCAGCCACCUCGGACACCAGCGAAAUGGCCGUGCUCAUGACCUUUGAUGUCCUCGACAUGGAGAGCAAGCUGUGAAAUAAAAGAGAAAGAGGGAGACAAAGUAUGUGUGACUGUAAGUGUGUGUGUUUGUGUAGGGCAGCCGGACAGUAUUGUGAAGUGAGCUGGUUUAUUUAAAGUAAAGAUGCUUGUAAUGUAAUUCUGACUACUGUAUUGUUGUCUGUUAAACGGUUGGUUUUUCACUGGAUGUAUUUUCUGAAUGGAUUAAGAAAGGCGAUUUAAGCAUCUUUUAAAUACAGUCACCUUAAACACAA